AUGUCAAGUCAAAAGAUCCAAAAGGAUAAAGGAUUUCCAGAAAUAAGCUUUGUAAUCCCAUUGGACAUUUUAAAAGUGAACCCAUCAAAUGCAAUUAAUUUUAAAUUCACAUGGCCAGAAAAUUAUCAAGAACCAAGGAGAAUAUUAACCAUAAAAAACUUAAAACACACCAAUUAUGACAAUUAUUAUGGUAGAUUUCAUGCAUUAGUAACAUGCGAUGAAAGUGAGGUUGAAGAAUCUCCUUGUGAAGAUUACUUGGAACAGGCCAAAUUGAGACUUGAAUCCUGGACCAAAAUUGAUGAAUCAACAAUUUUAUGA